CUGCAACCAAACAAAUUGGAGGAUAUAUAUCUUUAUUUCAGACUUGGAUUUAUGAACAUUUUCCUGAUAUUUGUAAACGGGAUAUGGAUGAGCUUAUCUCCUCGAUGCCAUGGAUGUUUCGUUGGACUGCAAAACAAACAUCUGAGAACGUUGCAUUUUACAGGGCAAAGUUGGAUGCUUUGAGGGAUAUUGAUAUUAUUUGGACGCUGAAUUACGACGAGAACUCUAUGACACGAUUUUAGUCUAUGUCAUUGUUUACAGGAUACAUUCGUUGGUGUUCCAUGAUGGUUCCGUAUUUACUAGAGAGGUGCAUACGACAGUUUGGGUAUACUCAACACAUUCCUCCUACACCACCGAUGCUUGUUGUACGUGAUGUUCACGUUGAAUGGAGUAUGUACCGGAACUCUGUACGAUCACUUCGAGCUAAAUUGCACCCAGCUGCAUAUCCACAUGAGUGUGUUGAGGGAUACAUCCAGUGGCAUUAUAGGAUAUCUUAUCCUCGGAUGAUCCCUUAUGUUGCUGCAUAUGCUGGUCCUAGUUAUGAUGCUGAUGCUGGUCCUGGUCCUGGUCCUGAUGCUGGUCCCGAUACUAGGUGUACACGAUGUCACGCAAUUGGUGGUCUUAUACAGCAGAGUUUAGACUUACAUAUGGGUGGUCAUGAAGAUAAGAUGCGUGUCUUAUUAGAAAGAGCUUUACACAUUUCUAGAGGAGGAGAUUAUCAGUAGUAUUAUAGUUGUAUUAUUCAGAC